UGAGUGUUUCGUUUUGUGGCGCUUUUGAAUAGUUUAGACAGGAAGUGAGGUUAGGUCCAUUUUUUGUUUAGAAAAGUAAUUUCUGUGACAAAAACGCAAAAUGAAGUCCCAGACUGAAUAUAAACUGAAAUCUCCGCCCGAGGAUGCGAUUUCUGCGGUGAAAUUCGGACCCAACACCAACCAGUUCCUCUUAGUGAGCUCCUGGGAUGGAACCGUUCGUCUAUACGACGUAACAACGAACAAUUUGAGGCACAAAUACACGCACGACGCACCAGUCUUGGAUUGCUGCUUUACUGAUGCCGUACAUUCUUACAGCGGGGGCUUAGACAACACCUUGAAGUCUUUCGAUUUCAACACUACCACCGAAAACACAGUCGGGGCUCACACGAACGCCAUCAAAUGCGUUGAGUAUUGCUGUGAAGUCAAUGGCAUUCUUACGGGCAGUUGGGAUCACCACAUCAAACUGUGGGAUCCGAGGACACCCAUGUGCAGUGGCAGCUACAACCAAGGCGAAAAAGUGUACACCAUGAGUGUAUGCGGCGAGAAGCUUGUUGUUGGGACGGCGGGAAGAAAGAUUCUUGUUUGGGAUGUUCGAAAUAUGUCAUACACUUUGCAGAAACGCGAAUCGAACUUGAAAUAUCAAACGCGGGCUAUUAGGUGUUUUCCAAAUAAACAGGGGUUUGUUUUGAGUAGCAUCGAGGGUAGGGUGGCGGUGGAAUAUUUAGAUACUAAUCCGGAAGUGCAGAAGAAGAAAUAUGCGUUUAAGUGUCACAGGAUUAAGGAGGAUGGGCUGGAGAAGAUUUUUCCAGUAAAUGCGAUCAGUUUUCAUCCAGCACACAAUACUUUUGCCACUGGUGGAUCCGAUGGAUAUGUCAAUAUAUGGGACGGUUUCAACAAGAAGAGGUUAUGUCAAUUUCACCAGUAUCACACGUCUAUUACAUCUCUUGGGUUUAGUCAUAAUGGAUCUGUUUUGGCGAUCGCGUGUUCGUAUUUCCUAGAGGAGGAGAACCCACCGAAUCCUCUUCCUGAAAACGCGAUUUAUAUUAGAGCAGUUACAGAUCAAGAAACCAAACCCAAGUAUAGCGCCACCAGUUAAUUUAUUUGUAUUGAGUUUUUUCAUGUAUGUAAGUUUUUAUUUAAACUAUAGUCAGUAAUAAAGAAAUUAAUGUAAUUAAGAA